UUGGUCGGCGCGGGGAGGGGGGGGCGAGGGGCCAAUCGCGGGGCGGCGGGGCGGGAGCGGCCGGCGGCGCGUGCGAAGAUGGAGGAGUACGCGCGCGAGCCCUGUCCCUGGAGGAUUGUGGAUGACUGCGGAGGUGCCUUCACCAUGGGAGCGAUUGGAGGUGGCAUUUUCCAGGCCAUCAAGGGCUUCAGGAAUUCCCCAGUGGGUGUAAACCACCGGCUGAGGGGAAGUCUGGCCGCUGUCAAAACGAGAGCUCCACAGCUGGGAGGUAGCUUUGCAGUUUGGGGAGGUCUGUUCUCCAUGAUCGACUGCAGCAUGGUCAGAAUGAGGGGGAAGGAGGAUCCAUGGAAUUCAAUCACGAGCGGAGCCCUAACUGGAGCCAUCUUAGCUGCCAGAAAUGGACCUGUUGCCAUGGUUGGAUCUGCUGCAAUGGGAGGAAUUCUCCUGGCUUUAAUUGAAGGGGCUGGCAUUCUCUUAACAAGAUUUGCCUCUGCACAGUUCCAGAACGGCCCUCAGCUCUCCGACGACCCCUCGCAGCUGCAGCCCUCUCCGUUUGGUGACUACAGGCAGUACCAGUGAUCCCCGUUCUGUUAGUUCGAAUUGUAGCUGAGCUGUAAUUUAAAAUGCUGGAGGAUCAGAGCACGGUAUGUCCUUACACCAGUGGUAGUCUCUUACACAAACCAUGCCAAGAGGACUUCAGCACUUGGCAGUGCAAAGCUGCGCAGAACUUUUAGGAGAUGACAGAUCUAUUUAUUGGUAACAGAUUCCAUUGCUGUAACGUUAAUACAUGUCUGACAGAAUACAUGGAGAUUUGAGAUAAGGACCAAACGGAGUCUUGUAAUCCUUUGGCCACGGGCUGAAGUGAAUGUCUGUGAAGUCUUCUCUGGGAUGUGGCAUUAACCCUUCCACAUCUGGAAGUUACCCUCCUCCCUUUCGGAUUUUGCCUGCUACCCACGUUCUGGAUUGAUGUUGCUACACAAAUUUUGGCUUAAGGGAAAGUGUGAAUCUGCGUGCAGGUUUACAUUCCAGAAGCGACUGUGACUGGAACGUGAAAGCAGAGGGCUCUGUGUGCUUGGAGGGUGAAGUGCACUGCACCUGCAUGCGUGCUCUCAGCACAGGCUGUUGGCUUUUUGCUGUGGGUUGAGUCCUCUGAAGGUAGCGCAGUUCCAUUGGCUCUGUUUUUGUUCUUAAGCUCCAGUUCUGGAGGCACGUUCCCCCUUGCCAGCAGUUAAAAAAGAAAUAAAUUCAUAUCCAGUGGGGUUUUCUGUUGUAGGUCCUCCCCAUAGGUCUGUUUAUCAGGAAAUGCCAGCAGGCAAUAGCAUUCGAAGGCUUGUUAGGAUGAUCCAGGGCAGCGCAGAGCUUUCCUUCUGCCCAGGAAGGAGCUCUGUACUGAGGUAACUGUCAGACUCAUUCAGUAGGAGAGCAUGAAAGCAGCACAGGAGUGCUGAGAUGGGUGAAUUGAGAUUGUACAACGUGUGCAUGCAAGUGCAGAUCCUGAAGGUGACAGGGCUCCUACGUCCUGCACAAGCAACAUUUUCCUCUCCUGUUUCCACCUCCCUGCCUGUCCCACAGCCACUCCAGGGCUGCUUGCUGCUCUGGUGCCUUGCUGCUCCUUGUUGCUGCUGUCCAUACUUCUUUCCAAGAAUCUUUAGCUCAACAGCCUCGUGUUUGUGAAGCUCAUCUCGCUCUGCCUCUUGCUUGCUUGCUCAGGUGAAUUGUAAAGGAUUGUCUCCAUUUGUUAUUGAGUGCUUGUUCUGUUCCUGACUGAGAGCCCAGCCACAGAGGAGCGAGUCCCUGGCAGGUGAGGGGAAACUGCAGCCGGAUCCCUCAUCAGUGCUGCACCUCCCCUGAGUAUCCAAAGCUGCAUGUUGAUCACCAGAUGUUUUCCUGUGCUCCUUAUAUAGGAUCAGCACACUGGGUGUUCAGCACUGUGCACCUACCCUGGGCUGGGUCUCUGCCCCUCAUCCUUGGCCCAGCUCUUGGCCCAGCACCGCCCUCCAGGCUGUGGGGGCAGGAGGUGACUUUGUUGGGGCUGGGGCUGUGCUGCCCAGGAGCCCCCAGCACCCCCAGCCUUUCCUGGGUGCAGUCAGGCUGGGCACGCAGCAUCUGCUGCUCGGGGACUGCAUUUAAGCAGCACCCUGAACACCUUGGGUGACCUCUCCCAGCAGCGUUUGGCUGGGAGCAACUUAUGGAGGGGUUGGGGCAGGGGGGCGUGCAGGAUCUGCUGCUCCCUGCUUUGAGGCUCCAUCUAAGCGUUGCAUUUGGCAGCGCCCAAAGCCGGGCCAAACAGCCCCAAGAAGGGCCACCCCUGUCCCCUCCUCCCUCAUUGCAGGGAGGCUGCAGGCUUCAGCCGCUCAGAAGAGCUUUAUUCAGCUCAGCCCUUCCCCUCUAAUCCCCCGUGACCGUCUGUGCCUCAGUCACUCUCACACCUCCCUCUGCACAAGGACAAACCCCGAUGUGAGCUGCUGCCCUUUGCUGCCCACGUUGCAGUGCUCCCCAGCUGACAGUGUGUGCUGGGCAGCCAGGAGCCCUGCAGGGCAGCUGACAGCUCUCUUCCCACUGCUGUGAGGAGGAAAGGCAGCAGGUCCCCCUGCCCUGCAGUGCACCGGGGAAGGCUUUCCUGCCCUGUCAUCUCUGCAGCACCCACAAGCUUCCUGUUUCCGUGCUGUCCUGACUCACUCUGGAUGACAACUUGCAGGCAGCUCCCAGCUGUCCCUCACAUUCGGGUGCUCACCCAGAGCAGCUCAUCCAUCAUCACCCCAAAAAACGAGACCGACACCACCGGCAUGACACGGAACUAUUGACCUCUUUAUUUCAAUCAGCUACAGCAGCUCUAAUUCCCCUACAACACUGUCCUUCCUUCACUACCACAGACAGCGAGGGAGCCGAGUACACUGCGGUGGCAGCAAGUCUUCUUAAAGCUUAGUAUUAAAUAUUAAAUAUUCUCUCAUUUAUGUUUACAUUACUUUGUCAAGAAAAAAAAAACAAAGACAAUUAAAACUUAAGUUACGUGAAAUCUGUGCCUGUGCCCUGGGCUGCAGCACCGGGGGCCACAGAGCUGCCCCCAGGAAGGCAACUCUGCUGGGAGGGGGAUGCAAAACCUCCGGCCCUGGGCCCGGUGCCACGUGAGUGCUUGGGAAAGGAGUGCUGAGCGGUGCUGGGAGCGGAGCACUGCACCCCGUGCUGUCAGAAACGGCCGUCUGAGGGCCGCCGUGCAGUCAGAGCUCUGUUUGGAGGAGGUGAGACCUCAGCAGGGCCGGCCUGGCCUCCCCUCAGCCCCACAAAGCGCGUGGGGAAAGGGGGAGAGGGGGAGGAUUUGGUCGCCAGAACUUUGCUAAAGAAUUUUUGUUUCAUUUUUCUUUUUUUU